AUGCGGAAGCCGGGGCAGUACGUCUACCUCCAUGAAGACCCCCUGGCCCUCGACGUCGUCGACGGCCUCGACCUCUCCCCGCCCGGCGGCGGCCUCUGCUCGCCCGACGACCCGCUCGACAAGGUCAUGACCUACGUCGCUCUCCUCGACGACGGCUUCCUCGAGGACCUCGGCAUCGACUGCUCGACGCUGCUGGACGAGGAGUCCUCCAGGAGCGCGCUGGAGGAGGGCGGGGGCGGCGCGCUGCCGGUUGCUGCUGCUGCCGCCAGCCCCGGCGGGACGAAGAGGAGCGCCCGCGAGGUGUUCGACGGUGUGCCUGGGGCGCCGUCGUCCAUCCCGGUGUCCACCACGUCCGCCGGCCCGUUCUUGGGGACCCUCGAGGCGCCGGACUUCGGCGAGGACCUGAGCUGGACCGUGCUGCCGAAGCCGCACCACCGGCGCACCGCCGCCCGCAGGCGGCAGGUCUGGCCCGUGUCCUUCCCGCUCGCCCUGACGACGUCGCCCGGCCCUGCCGCCGCCGCCCACGACGACAGCAAUGCCAACGACGACGUCAAAGACAAGGACUUCAAGUUGAUCAGCCGCUGCAAUGUUGGUAAAUGCAAUGGCAACAAGCGUCGACGCUUGUCAGAGCCGAAGAAGCGGCAGCGGGACAAGGACAACGUGGAAGACAAAGACUUCGAGUUAGUCGGCUACUGCAAUGAUGUCGGGGUGGGCAAUGGCAAGCAGCGACGCUCGGCCGAGCCCAAGCAGCAGCUGGACAAGGACGGGCGGCUUAGGACGUGCACCCACUGCUGCUCGUGGCAGACGCCGCAGUGGCGCCAUGGGCCGAACGGGAAUGGCACGCUGUGCAACGCGUGCGGCAUCCGGUACAAGAUGGGCAAGCUUUGUGAGGAGUACCGGCCCUCGACGAGCCCUGAGUUCAGCAGCCUCAAGCACUCCAACCGCCACAGGAAUGUGGAAAAGAUCAGGGAUCAGAAGAUGAAGCAGCUCAAGGUGACGUCCCCUGUGCCUGUGGUGCCGGUGACCCCGGACUCCAGCGAAGUCCUCCUUCGCAUGUGUAAAUAUGAAACCUAG